AUGAGUCGAAUGAGUUUUGCUCCCCCCCAUAAUGCUCCAAUAGAUGACAUCAGCAGAAGACUUCACGAGCUGGUGGAAAGUAUAAAUGACAGACGCACCACUGACCAGAAAGUGUUGGAGGGCUACCAGAAGAAGUUAGUGGAGAAGGUGACGGAGAUGUGUCAGCAGAUGCAGGAGCACUUGUACACGAUCUAUGAAGAGAACAGUAAGGAGAUAAAUGUGAAGCUGCAGGAGGUGACUCGGGUGCUGGGAAACUGCACGAAGCUGAACAGUGAGCUCGUAGAGGCCAGACAGGCACUGACGAGUCUCAGAGUUUAACACAUCAGAACCCCGGUCAACUAGUUAUUGUUGUGAUGUUUUUCAACUAGUUCUGAAUUAGUCAAUGGGUUCUUCAGUUUAUUGUGUUGAGUAUUCAGAAUAGUUGACUUUAUCACUUUUGAUUUCCUCUUUUCCCAAGAAUACACGCCAAACUGUGUCUUUGUUGUUGGGGCAGUAGUUCAGUUCACAGCUCUUAAUUGCAGUCAAAGA